AGUAUUAAUUGUGCGGAAUAAAGUGAGUCGCCGCGCAAGAUUUAGUCGAUUUUGUGCGGCUAAAGAGCGAGGUUCAAGCGAAACGUUCAAGGAAGAUAAACUGUUCCAAGGGAUUCCGAGUAGCAACAACAAACAGUAUGUUAGCCUCAGUUCCCGCCCGUCUGGCGCUGUUCGCCGUGAUAAGCUCGCAGAGUUUGCAGCUCCAGGCUGCUCCGUUCCCAGGAAUCGAGAAUGCUGCCUUCACCAGCCAAGAUUUAUUUGCCGAGGAGUCGGCGCCCGUUUUUAGCCAGGUCCACGUCCAGCACAAUCGGCAUCGUCGCCAUCAUGGGGACGGCAAUUACCACGGGCACAGCCACCACAAGCGGCACUGGGAUCACCACUCUCCGGGUCCCGACUGCCAUCACCCCGGCGGAUUUGGUUUUGGGUUCGAGCAUCCACCACAUGGUCCGCCUCCACCCCAUGGUCACCACAGAUUCGAGCCGCAUGGCUUCGAACCCUUUCCGAAUGCCUUUGGAGCCCCCGAAUACGAGGAGCACCAGCGACCCUUUAAAGCGGAAUUGGAGCCAUUUAAAGGUGACAAAGGAGGAUCUCAAGUGGCACCGAGACGGCCCAGCUCAAGCAGUGUAGCUCCACCACCCGCAGCGCCGAUUACUCCAUCCUCAACCACCCCCACCACCUCCACCACCUCCACCACCUCCACCUCGACCUCCACCACUUUAGCUCCCAUCCCUUCCAGCACCGAAGAAGCCCCCCUGGCCAUCGACAUUCGCAUUGGCACUUCGCCCUAGACUUAAGCCUCGAUUCUAUUUUACGUCUUUAAAGUGACAUUAAAGUUGCUACCAAAACCAAAA